UAUUUCACAUUCACAUUUUCAAACACCAAAGGGACCUCAUAUGGACACGUGUCAAAAUCGCAUGACAUGGUCGACAUGCACGUGUGUCCCACACCACCUCACAAUCUUCUGUCGCUCCGAACCUGCCGUACCCCACAAACAAACAAAAAAAAAAAACUCAAAAUCCUUCAAAUUUUGUUCCCAAAAAAAACGCAGCAACACCCCCAUUUGCAACGAGUCACCAAAAUCGAAUUCUGCAAUCGACCCAUUUCAAUUCAUCUAUCCAAAUCGCAUAACCCACCCUUCAAUUUCCGCUUCUGAGUGCUUCCUCCCCCAUUUCAAAGUUAGGGUUCGGUCUCUGGUGGCGCAACAAUGCCGGAGAUCGACCAGGCGGCGGCGGCGGCGGAGGAAACCGCCCUGUUCGGAAAAUACGAGCUGGGCCGCGUCCUCGGCUGCGGUGCCUUCGCCAAAGUCCACUACGCGCGCAACGUGCAAACGGGGCAGAGCGUGGCCGUGAAAAUCAUCAACAAGAAGAAACUCGCCGGAACCGGCCUCGUCGGAAACGUGAAGCGCGAAAUCACGAUCAUGAGCAAGCUCCACCACCCCUACAUAGUGCGCCUCCACGAAGUCCUCGCCACCAAGACCAAAAUCUUCUUCAUCAUGGACUUCGUCCGCGGCGGCGAGUUAUUCGCGAAAAUCUCCAAGGGUCGCUUCGCCGAGGAUCUCAGCCGCAAAUACUUUCAUCAAUUGAUCUCCGCCGUCGGGUACUGCCACUCGCGCGGCGUUUUCCACCGCGACCUCAAGCCGGAGAAUCUCCUCCUCGACGAGAACGGCGAUUUGAGGGUCUCGGAUUUCGGGUUGAGUGCGGUUCGAGAUCAGAUCCGGCCCGAUGGGCUGCUCCACACGCUUUGCGGAACCCCUGCUUACGUGGCACCUGAGAUUUUAGGCAAAAAAGGUUACGAUGGUGCCAAGGUUGAUGUGUGGUCAUGCGGCGUCGUUCUGUUCGUGCUCGCCGCGGGAUACUUACCGUUCAACGACCCGAAUUUGAUGGUAAUGUAUAAGAAAAUCUACAAAGGCGAGUUCCGGUGUCCGCGGUGGAUGUCGCCGGAGCUCCGGCGAUUCUUAUCGAAGUUGCUCGACACGAACCCAGAAACGAGGAUCACGGUUGAUGGCAUGACGCGGGACCCGUGGUUCAAAAAAGGGUACAAAGAAUUAAAAUUUCACGAAGAGGAUUACCAUGCAACCGGGUCGGGUUCGUUUUUCGGGCCGAAGGACGAGAGGGUGGUGGAUUUGAACGCUUUUGAUUUGAUAUGUUUUUCUUCGGGGUUGGAUUUGUCGGGGAUGUUUGGCGGGGAGUGGGGGGAGAGGUUGGUGACGCGGGAGCCGCCGGAGAGGGUUUUGGAGGCGGCGGAGGAUGCGGGGGCGGCGGCGGGGAUGGCGGUGCGGUGGAAGAAGGAGUGUGGGGUGGAGUUGGAAGGGAUGAAUGGGAGGUUUGGGAUUGGGGUGGAGGUUUACCGGCUCACGGCGGAGCUCGCGGUGGUGGAGGUAAGGAAGAGGGGCGGCGACGCCGUGGCCGCGGCAGUGAGGGGUGUGUGGGAGGAGAGGUUGAAGCCUUUGUUGCUUGGGGGUGCAACCACGUCGUAUAGUAGUGAGGAGGAACAACAACAACAACAUCAAGAAGAAGAAGAACAACAAGAACUUGAGUCGCAGGUUGCCGGUGACUGAAGUCAAAGGAAAUUUGAAUGGCUUGGGUUAAAUCCAAAAGAAAGUCAAAAUGUACAAAAGUUAAAAGAAAAAAUGGAAAUUGGUGGGGGCACGGUGUUUAUGUUGCAUAAUAGAUGGAUGGAAGUUGGAAGGUAGUGAUUAUGUAUUAUUUUAUGUUUUUUUGGUUUUUGUAUAUUAUUGAAUAAAAAAGGGGUGUAUUAUUUUGUUUUUUUUUUGAGGGAUUGUGAGAGAGGAAGUUGCUGCGGGGAAUUGAAUUUACUCCUUAUUAUUAUUCUUCUUACAAAACAUUAUGUGUAUAUUGAAUAUAAGUGAUGGAAAGCCUUCUCCACAUUAUGGGAUGGGAGCAUGGUUAGACUUUGUACUUUUACAUGGUGAGGACUAUGGUUCCUCGUAUAAUUUUGUUUUGUAGUAUUUCAGUGUGUUUUUGCCUUUGCUUUAUGCAUGAUGGUGAGGACUGAGGAUCAUGUAAAUGUUAAGCCCCCUUUUAUCAAUUGAUAAUUUCAUAUGCA